AGAAUAACGCUCAUUCUGAUACCAGCCUCAAUGUAACAAGUAUCUCGUUGCGGAAACUUUGUACAUGUUGUUGAACAAGUAUAAUAUACACUACGUGUACAUGUAAGUUAAUAAAUACAAGAGAAGAAGAAGAAGAAGAAGAAACGUAAUAAUAAAACAGAAGAGAAAAAGAAUCACCGUAGAAAAAUGUGCGACAGAGAUAUUUGUCCGGUAGAAAAUUAUUCUCAAUUUAAUAAAUAUUAAUGACAAUAAUCGUAUCGAGGAUAUUUAAAUCGACGCGCGAAGAGGGAAUUUGACACGUUUUUAAAUUUCAUUUCUCUUAUUCGAUUUAUUCGCAAAUUGAUAUAUUUGCGUGGAAAAUUUCAAAAUUGAAAUACAAUAAUAAUAAUAAUAAUAAUAAUAAUAAUAAUAGCAAUAAUAUUGAAAAAAUUAAAAAACGAAACAAAAAUCGAGUUUAAGGUGAUACGAAAUUUUUGAGAAACAAAUAUUUGGACCGUAAUUAUGACACAGAGGAAAGUUACCAGUUUGUGAAAAUAAGGAGGCUCUCAGAGCUGCUGCAUCGGCAUCAGGAUAAUAAGAUCGACGUUGCAUCGGUAUUAUCUGUAUAUAUAUAUUGAUUCCGAGUGAUCGCAGUGUCCUCCGUUCACCGGGAGAUCUUCUUCUCGAGGUCGUUACAGGGUUCGAAGACAAUAAGAAGAAAGCAUGUCGUCGUUGGCGAUCAUCUUCAUCAUCACGAUGGCCUCGUCGUUGGGUUCAAGAACGUCAGCAGCCCCGGCCGAUGAAACUUCGUACGAUCGCAACCAGCUGAAGGUUACGGAUGAAGAAGGGAGCGCCUCUCCGUUAACCGAAUCGCCGAUAAGCUCGACGAAGGACGAAGUCGAAGUAAGCGAGGAUCAGGAAAACGAAUCCAGGGUGAAUUUCGAGGACGAAGCGAGUCGCGAUCUGAGAUCCGAAAAUUCUCCCGACGCGGUGUUGGAGGAUGAGGAGGAUUAUAAGAAAGACAAGAGGUCAAAGUCGAAGUCGAAGGGCAGGAAGCACAAGGCCCUCUUCAUCGACUAUCCCUUCAUUCCUCAGCUGGCCGCGAUGCCGAGUUACGACGCCUACGACGAACUCCAGGAUACCGAGGGACGGACCCCGUCUGGUGGUGGGGGAAACGGGGCCUUAAGGAAGGGCUUCCAGGAGAGCAACAUCUACUAUAUUCGGCUGCCCCCCACCCCCUACAUCUUCGUUCCGGGCCUCGGCUACGUGUCCCAGCCCCCGACCUACUCUACCGGGCAUCGGAUCAGGCCCCAAAUCGGUCACGUAAGGCCCCAGCUGGAUCCGUACAGACCGCACCACCCUCAGCCGAUCUAUAACUCGCCCCUGAACGAGAUAAACCCCUUCAUUAAUUUGCCCGUCGAUUUCGUUAGCAACGGGAAACCAACAGGUGUUUAUCAGUGGCAGUCCCAGAACUAUCAGCCUCACAAACGACCCGAAACCCACAUCACCGCCCUUGACAAGGGACCCUACUUUUUCAACGGAAGGCCCCACAGCAUUUACCUUCUAAGGCCCGAUGCUAGGCCUCCGGUUCAUCAGUCAGUUCAGUUCCCUGAUUAUCAGGACAGCAGUUUGUAUUACUGAGACGAAGUUGGGCGAUCUUUACGUCGUCGUGACGGAAGGUCGGUGGAGAGGGUGAAUAUUGAGAAGUCGGACACGAGGAACGGGGAUGUUUAAAACUCCGUGAAGGGGAAUCCGGUACGGAAAAGUUAAUUGUUAUUCCCAUAAGAAAAUACGAGGAAUGUCGUUGGAUCUUUUGCACGUCUGUUUUUGUUUUAAAAAGAACUUUUCACUGUUGAGAUUAUAUAUUGUUAUAGUUAAUUAUUAUAAUCGUGGACGUAAUAUUGCCGUAGAAAAGUCUCACGAUGUUUUUCAUAUAAUGCUGUGAACAUAUAUCACGCAAUGGCUACGGUAUGGUAUAAAUUCGUUUGAAGGAAAUGAGAUGACGAAAUGUUUGCUU